CCAAAAAAUGCGACAUGUCGUGAUGAAAUUCAAAAGGGUAUCACUGACGGAGUCGAUUUGCCCGGUCUCGGUCACACAAUUCUUUCGAAAGAUUUGGUGGAUGAAAGCAUUAUCUUGUCCGAUAUGUUCAAUUUGAACGAAUACAAAGCACUGGAACUGCUAUGCACGGCACAGCAACAGAUACCGCAUCAUCCAGGUUUGCCGCGUGGUCUGGUCGCAAUUCUCCUGUACUACGACGGUCGAAAAACCCUCGUCACAACGCUUAAACAAUUGUUCCAAGCGCGAUAUGGUAUUUCUUGGUGCACGGAAGCAUCACAAGAUAUAACCACAUUCAUUACUAGCUACACGGAUUCAUUGGUAGCCGAUGGGCUUUUAAACAAAAUCAUAGACUUGCUAGAGCAACUAGAUGUGACACAAGAGUUGGCAUUGUUGAGCGAAAAUCGUGCACUUGGCCCACCGAAGCAUCAUCGCCAAGUGUUGGACUGUUUCGAAGAGAUUCGGCUCCAGUUGGCAACGACGCUGUACUGUUGGGCAGCUCAAAGUGGAUUGCCGCGAAACACAACGCUCAAGUUGAUUCAGUAUCUGUCCAAAUACAAAUCAGAUGAUUCACGCGGAGGCAUCGACGACGUGACAUUGGCCCUGAUCAUGGCGCUGGUCUAUGCGUUUGAUUUAAGCGUUUUGAAGAGACGUGACGAUGGCGAAGACAUUGUCUUGCAGCUGCCAAUCAUAAGCGAUCCGAAUUACAUCAAAGAUGUGUAUUCGGCGCUCACAACUGAAUGGAAAACCAACGAGCUACGCUCGGUCGGAUUGUUUUCUUUCGCUCUGACAAUCGCCACACUGCGUCAAGCGCCACAAAAUUUGCAACAAAAUGCCAGCGAUCUGAUCGAUCAGCACGAAUUGCUUGCGGAAACAGCCAUUCAAGAGAAGGUUUUCGACUACAUUUAUCACGUGCUGUUAGACAAAGACAGCAUCUUCAAAACGGAAUUCUAUCUCCGUCGCAUUCAUUACUUGUUGACUGACUUCAUUGAAUUCAUGCACUCGAAAGUGAACGAGUUACGUGCGCGUGCCGACGAAACUGCAAGAACGAUUCAGAUUCAUCAGCAGCAAGGCUUGGAUCCGCCACCGAAUCUUGAUCGUCAUUUCGAAACGUUGCUUCUGACUGUCGGCAAAUUGUAUAGUAACGAUCAAAUGAAUCUGAACUUGGAUUUGGAAUACUGGGGCCCGAUGGAAGUGAGCGGCAACUAUCAACAGCAACGCACAUCAAACCGAUCGGUGUCAUUGUUCAAGUUCAUUCGUUUGGCCGGCGAAUUGCUGCCGCCAAUUUUGUUGAUUCCAUACCUCAAGAUGCUUGCCGGCCUCUCAAGCUGUCAACCGUCAGCACGGAAUGCAUUCAAUCUGCUCAAACAGGGAUCGAACAUCUCAGGAAGUACAACAUUAUCGUGGGAACAUUUCUUUGGAUCGAUAUCGAGAUACUACACAACACUUCGUCAAGAACAACAUCCAGCAACCGAUACAGUCUAUCGCAGCCGAGCACUGAACCGAAGUAUCAGCCCACAAGAGUUGGCUGGUUUGCAAGCAGUCCUAGCCGUCAUCAGAGCCGUGGCUACGCAUGAUGACGUUGCGCGAAUUGCUUUGUGUGAACACCCAAGCUGGGCACCGCUGCACAUACUAUUGGGUUUGGUUAGUUGUUCGAUCGACAUUUCACUGAAGACAGAUCUUUUGCUGACACUGGCCGCACUGGGCAAGUCAAAAGAGACAGCGCUACAGCUUUGGGUCAAUUUGGAGGCGAGCCAGAUAAUCACAACCAUUCAAUCGACAAACGCUUUCAGCACCGUACCGCGUGGAAUCGAAUGUGAAAUCGAUAAAACUGAAAGUCGUAACGAAACAUAUCCAUUGACCCAAGCGAUUUUGGAGCUACUCUACACACUCUCAAGUACAAUUAUGCCACGGAAUUUGGGAGCUGGUCCACGGAAACCGGGCAUUAUUCCGUAUUUCAACUUUAUUUUGGAGUCGAUUUUCUUGAAGUUUUAUAAUCGAAUUUACAAAGACGAAUCGGAGAAGUGGACGGUCGCUGAGAAGUGUUUGAAAAUCUUCGAAUUCUUCGUCAAAACGUACGAGAUAAAUCCGGCCGAUUUUCCAGUAAUGGGACAAAACAAAGAUGAAUACGCGCCACCAGGUUUCUACAUCAUGCUUGAAAUGAACACAAACGAAAAAUCUGAUUUAUUGAAACUUCUUCUGCACAUAAUCGACGAGGCAUGCUCUGCUCUCGACACAUUCACAAAUUUCCCAGGCAAAUCGAGGCUGGAAAAUUGCGUAUUGUAUGCAUUAAACAUAAUCGAGCGAUCGCUUUCACGGCAAGAUCGUUUCUUCGACGCACACUACGAGGCAAAGUGUUCAAUCUUGCUUUCGGGCUUGAACAAAUUGUUGCUUGGCAUAAAUUACCGCAGCGGAAAGCCUGAUCAUAUGCUGAAUGUCGUCAAAUAUGUAACGUACAACAGUUGGUUACCGAAACAGGCAUUGCUCGCCGUUCGAAUUCUUUCGCAUGUUACACGUCAGCCAGGCGUUCACACACUGCUUCUGAGUGAAUUCACGCGCUCAAACAAACUAGCAAACGAAAUUCGUCAUGGAUUUGUCGAAUGUUUGGAAUCGGAUUUGCCAGUUUUCCACGAUGAAGACAGCUUCAAUGGUGCCCUGGAAAAUGGCGAAGAGAUUGAGUUGACAAUCAAAGAAGAAAUCAUCAAAUUGUUGGAAGAGUGUUUGCCACACUCAGCACCGAACAUUUCGCAUUACUUGCUUGGAUUCGAUAUCACAAAAGACAUUCGUGCGACAUUGCUUCAACAGCCGGGCGUUUUGGAUUUCCCAAGCAAUUGCACAAAGUCAUUGAUCACAAUCUUGGAUGAAGGCAUUCAGCAGCUGAAAGUUGGCAUUGAAAUUCCAUUCAAUCAACAGCGUUUGCUGCAAAACGGAUAUCGACUGCUGUACACAUUGUGCUCAAAUCACAAGACUUCCGAAGUAAUUUUGCGAUUCCUUCGCGAAUGCAAAGAAUUCUUGUUGCGUCACAUUUCUGUGCUGCCAUUCCAACAUCACGACAAUCCAUUCGUUCUCAACCAAAUGACGGGGUUGCUGAAAUGUGUGGCCAUCGAAUUGAAAAUUACGGCCAAUCACCAGCAAGUGAAACAGUUCAAAAAUCUGUCCGAUGUUCUGCUGGGCACGGUCAAAACAGAGACAAGCACCGAUGGAACACACCAAGAAGCAUUCGGCAAUAACACGACCAUAUUUUCAACGGCCGAUAAUUCCAUGUUUGGCCGAAGCAUCGUCAGCGGAUACCGAAAACCAAAUGAUAGUGAUAACAGUACGGAUCUGCUGAUUUGCAAGCUACUGGAGUGUUUGGAAUUUGAUAUCAAGCAAUUGGAAAGACCAAAGUGGGAAGUUUUCGAUAAUUCUUUGAUGGAUCAACUGCUUCAGAGCUGCAUCGUACCACCUGAGUCGAACGUAAAUGGCGGCCCGAAGUUGAUAAACAUCAAGAAAUUACACGAUAUUCUCAAGGAUGAAUUGAAUAUCGUCCAGAGCACAAUUGCAUCAGGUCAACGACAACACAUUUUACACGAAAUUGAUACAGUUCUCAAGUACGCAGUCGAAUUGAAUUCUCAAAAGACUCGAUGUGCAUCAACCGUUCGCUUCAUGGAAGCAUGGAGUCAAGUGACGGAAAUUCUCUUCGCAGUAGCACCUGUGUUUGCGCUCUGCUACGAAGAUCGCGGCGGAUUCAUCAUUGAAAUCCUACAAGCGCUUUUGAAUAAGGUCGUUCAAGUCGACGUAAUGCCAGAGCUGGGAAAGAUCGCAUCAUCAACGCUGCUUCAAAUGUUGGUGUGCUUACGCCAUUGGUACAAGCACGCGAAUGUUACAUUCGAUUCGAAUGGUUUGGCAUUGCCAAGCUCAUUCAAUCCAAAUCAAUCACUUGCUACCAAUGGAGCUUCGUUCAAUAUGGGCUCGACCAGCUUGAGUCUAACACCCAAAACAAAUAGCUUAAGCCUCAAAUACAUUUUAAAAAACAUCGUUGAUUGGAUCAUCAUAAGUGGAGAGGCAUCACAAAAGCUGAAAAUCAACUUGUAUGCAUCGCUUCUGAACUUUAUGCACAUCGUCAAAGGCUUCAACGCAAAAGAGACGAUUCUGGAUGAUCAAAAAACCGAUAGCUAUGUUUCACGUUUGGAUCGAUCGAUGGUUCGAGCAGUCAGCGAUAGCAAUAGUAAAACAAACCUGACACAACUCGCAGUGGAAGUGUUCAAUUCCGUAGGUGAUAAAAUCGUUGAUAUCCUGUGUCACGAUUGCACUGGAGGUCACGAUGUGUGCAAAAUGCUCGCACUCUCUUGCAUCGACAUGCUGCUAGACAUCGAUUCAAUGGUCAGUUUCAUACAGUUCAUCUCGAGACGUGGAUAUUUGGCUCAUUUGGUCGACAGUUUGCUGAAAACGGACGAUCAGCUAUGUCGAGUGCUAGAAAGUGUUCCAGAGAACAUGAAAGCGUUGUAUGUAUACGAAUCAAAGAUGGCAAUGUUGGGACGUGUCGCGAGCUCAUACGUUGGCGCAGAGCUACUAUUGGAGCAUCGAUCGUUAGGCAUUUUGUCUGCCAUGAAAGUGUACGACAUGCAUCCAGAUUUCCAAGUCAAUAACUACAUGAGCCAUCAGUAUUCACAGUUUGUACCGCCCGUGGACAUUCGAUAUCAACAAAUUCUUUUUCCAGCGUUGAAUUUUUGCGACAUUAUCCUGUCGACACUCGGGCCAGAGAAUUAUUCGGCGAUAACACAAGUUGUACAUUUCCUACUAUCGCAUGGAGACAUGAUCGAGAUUGUACUACGAGCUGGAACACCAUCCCUGAACAUCGGAUUGCUGCAGGAACUGUCAGCCAUUACGGGAUUAAUCGCACGGUCGGCAAAUCAGGACAUUUCCAAUUUGAUUGAGCCAACGACAAAUCAAGACUUGGGAGCACAUCUGUAUCGCUUGCAAAAGCUUAUGUUAAACCUAUUCCCACGGUUCAUUGUCUCCGAAUCAACGCUAAAGGAAAUGGGCAAAUCGAAUCUAAUCGCACACGAAUCACAAUUGAACAUGUCACGAUCGUUCUCGCUCAGCACCAAUAAGUUCUCGACAGACAAUCAACAGAAGGCGAAAACGCUCCAGAUUAAGUAUUUCUUGCAAAUCGCAUGCAAUUUGGCUUUAUACGCCCGAAACGCCAUUGCCAAUCACAGUGCCGAUCAUCGUGCCACAGGAAUUUUGUUUUCGCCCACACUCAGCGAAGGAUUGCAACGAAACGAAAUCCGAUCUGGCACAUUGGAAACAUCGCCAAGUCUGGGCAUUGUUGUGUCACAACUCAAAAAUUGCGUCGAAUACUAUAAUCGGGAGAAGGGAGCAUACGAUGGUCUUCUGCGACAACGCAAGGCAUUGGAAGCCAGUUUGAACAUAAAUCAAAGAGAUCAACAGCAGUACGAAACAUUGUCUGAAAAAUUGGUAAACAAACAGGAUGAACUGAAAUAUUGCAUCUUUUUGACGGAAAACUGUUUGUAUUUGCUAUGGGCACAUUUGGAUUUCUUCAUGUUGCGAGCGAUUUCCGUGAAUCCACUGCAGUUUAACAAGUCCCUGAGCAGGAACUACGACUCGCCGAUCACAUCAUCGAUCGAUGCCGGUUGGAAGGUGACAUCCGAAGAUGUGGGCGUAUUGAAGAAGACAUUGGUUCAGGUGUUCACAGAAACGUUUUGCAAACAGUUGAUCGCAACCACACAAGAUCAAGCGUCAACAGAUAAGAGUUUCGUAGAAGCUUUACUCAGACGCAUCAAACAUCUCAUCCAAUUCGUGCCAGUAAAAUGAAUGAACGAGUCCAAAGAUUCGAAUAUAUGUUUAAAUUCUUAGUUUUAUUUCAUUGAAUAACAAAAUCAAAGAUAACACAAAAUUGUUAAUUGGGAAAGUCUUUAUCAGGUUCUUGUCUCCGCCUUGAUUGAGCUAAAUAAAUUUUUCAUUUUGAUAAUAAAAA